UACUUGUGGUGGAUGUUUCUGUAAGGUUUUUCCGGCUUUUCCCCAACUGCCCUCGCCCGCUACGGGCAGCACGGCGCGAUGCGGCGCGGCGCAGCCCCCGGGCACUGCCGGUGCUGGGCUCGGGCGAUGCCCGCUCUGGUGGCCGCGGGUAGCGCUGAGCCGGGCCGCCGCGGCCCUGCAGGGACCCCGCUUGCCGAUGUGGAAAAGCUGCCGGCGGUUGUGUGCCGAUCUGCCGUCUGUUGGAGCCGCUUCGUUAGUUGCUUUAAUUGUUUUUAAGAGGGUUUUGUUUAAAGGAAGGGGCGAAAUUGUAGCAACGUUUGGGAUAAUGCUUUAAAAAAUAGAUGGAAAACAGGCAGAUGAGAUGCACUAGCUUCGAGUAGCUUGAUGCUGAUUUCUCUGUUAAAGAUCACGUUUCUGGUAAGCUUUUCCCUCAGUGCAGCAUACCAACCUUGUCCCCUGAGGAAGGACAGGGUCCUGUGGUAUCUCUGUUAAGAAAACUUACACCUUGUACAGCCUGCUGCUUUAGUGCACAAUUGAUGAUUUCACUUGAAAUACUCACCUGAAGAAAUUAACAGUAGGCAAGGUAUAACUGCUUUUUAACAAUGUUAAGAAUUCAGCAUUGUGUAACAGCUAACAGGAUACCCAAGAAAAAGCCGUAUAUAUGUGACAUUUGCUAUAAGCAGUUUGAAACUCCAUCAAAAUUGGCAAGACAUUAUCUGAUACAUACUGGUCAAAAGCCAUUUGAAUGUCAUGUGUGCUAUAAAACGUUUAGGCAGUUGGUCCAUCUGGAGAGGCAUCAGUUGACCCAUAAUUUGCCUUUUGAGUGUAAUUUUUGUCAUAGAAACUUCAAAAAUGUAAUUACUUUGUUGAAGCAUCAGCAGCUUCAUAAUGAAAACUAUCAGAAUUGUAUAAAGCAAGAAGAAAAAUCUGUGAGUUCUGAGCAGGAUGGGGUCACUUGUGGCAUAUUUCGAUGUUCUGUGUGCUGGAAGUCUUUUACAACUGAAGAGAAGUGGAUGCUGCAUCAGUGUCAGAAGGCAGAUUGUCUACAUGGUACAAGAAGGAGAAAGAAAACUCACCCUUGUGAAUUGUGUAACAAGACAUUUCCAUCGAGAUCUAAGCUAGAACGACACUUCCUUAUUCACACUGGCCAGAAACCUUUUAAGUGUUCUUCGUGUGGCAAAUCUUUCAGACAGUCAACACAUUUGAAAAUCCAUCAGCUCAUGCAUACUGAAGAAAGGCCUUUUCAGUGCUGCUUUUGUCAGAAGGGAUUUAAAAUACGGAGCAAACUCGUGAAGCACAAACAACUCCAUGCCAGAAAUAAGGCUGUCUCCAAUAUCAUAUACAAAGGAAAAACUAAACAUCUCAGACUACAGAAACUGUCAGAAGGAAAGAUGGAUAGUUUUGAGAAUGCUGACACAUUCAAAUUGCAGGAGAAUGACCCACAUGAUGUUUAUUUGAUUUAUGUCGUACCAUUUCAGUGUCCAGUGUGUGAGCAGUGUUUUGACACAGAGGAAGUCCUAAAUUUGCAUAAAUGUUAUCUAAGAGGUGAGAAAAGCUCAAGUUGCACAACAGCAUGCAGUUGCACAGUCAGCAUGAAAAGCAAGAUCCAGAUGAAGCUGAAGCACACUGGAGGAAAGCUAUCAGAUUUUUCUUUGACUGGCAGAGAAAAAAUGAAAUCAGGUCACUUUAGGAGUCCUGACCUGGUUGCAGUGAGAGAGCAGCAAUCUGAUAAAAAUGUUUCCACUAAAUCUUUCAAGAACUGCUGUAGCAAGCUUGACCUGUGCAAGGCUGUCAAUUGGAUGAAAAGAAGGUUUGCUGUGCCAUUACACUGGCAAGAGCAUCUAGAACCUCUAAAGGUAGGAAUUAAUUUAGAAGGUGUGCUUACUGGUGAAAGCAUGUUAAGCAUCAGUAAUGGAGUGUGUAAUAGGGAUGAUGCUUUUUAUGGUUCAUCAGGUGAUAGCUUCCUUGAUAAUUCAGAAAUAUUUCACUAUGCUUUUUCAGCUCCUAAAAAUAUACAUAACAGACACAAAGUGUGUAAAUGUGACAGAUGUGAAAAAAUAUUUCCAUCUUCAUCCAAGCUUCAAAGACAUUACCUUAUACACACAGGACAGAAGCCCUUUGGCUGUAGUGUUUGUGGGAAGACAUUUAGACAGUCAGCUCACUUAAAAAGACAUCAGCUCACCCAUACUGAAAAUAACUAUAAAAGCCCUGUUUGCCAUGUAGAAUUUGAAAAUCUGCGCAAAUUCUUCAGUCAUCGGGAAGAUCACAUUGAAUUUGAGUCUUCUCAGCCUGAGAGUUAUUCAGAUUAUUCUCAAGCACCUUCAGAGGCACCUGGCUUUCAAGAAUUUGAGCUGACUCAGUCAAAUCAAGCAGCUGAAAUCAAAGUUGAAAUUGAGUCAGAGGCCUUUGUUCCUGACACUGGCAGUAGAAACACAGAGCCUUAUUUGUGUAGUAAAUUGAUGGAAACGGAGCAAAGCUGUUGUAGUUACUGGCCUGAUUUUUCUGAAAGUGUUGAAAGAAGAAAACUAUACCAGUGCAGUCUCUGUUUUAAGACAUUUAAAUCAUUUUCUAAGCUUGAAAGACAUUACUUCAUGCAUGCUGGACAGAAGCCAUUUGAAUGUUCAAUUUGUGGUAAAAGUUUCCGACAGUCUCCACAUUUGAAAAGACAUCACCUUACUCACUUUAAGGAGAGGUUAAAGUUGAGUUCCAGUCAGCAACAGUCAGAAACAUUGUUUUCUCUCAACCUGGAUACUGUCCCCUGAAGUUAUACAUUAAUAUUUUUGAUUACAUGAUUAUUAAAAGGAUUAUGUUAAACUGAACAACCAACUGAACAGGAUUAUCUUUUUACGUUGUGAAGAUGACCUAAUGACUUUAUUUGCUCUUUUCAGAACUGCCCGCUUGAUUGUAAUAUCUGGUAACCGCGAGAAGAUGGUAAAAACAAAACAAAGCAAUAAGAAAGCUACUUCACAUUUGUUUUCUUCACAAAUGUAUUUUUAAAUACACAUUUUUACUGUAUUGAUGGUGUCAUGGCAAUCCGCAGUGUUCUGUAGCUGUUCAGUGAGAAUGAUCAAAAAGUAAAGGCAACUUGUGGAAUACAGGAAAAACGGUCCUGCUGCUUUCUUCUGGCUCUCUGUACAUUGCAAGCAUUAAAAUGUGCACAUUUGCUGUAUUUAGUCCAUGUUUUAUUCAAGAAAGAGUAAUAGUUAAUUUUGGAUGAACAAGAUGCAGGAAAAAAAGAACAA